GUACGUCUUAUUUGAAUACACCUGGUCUUACUGUAUGUGGUGUCAGCAGACCUUUAAAUACUAAGUCCACUGCAAGCAAAGUUUCAUGUGUCGAGAGAUGGACUGCAGUGAAUGCAUUUUGCUGAUCAUUUCUUUUUGCUGUGCUGGGGGCACAAGCUCUGAGUCAGAAACAACAGUCUAUGGAAGCCUGGGGGGCUCAACGCUGUUGAGCAUAACACCCAAAUUUCAGAAUUUUACUGUGCAAUUUAGCAACGCUCUAUGGAAACUGUCCGUUGGAACCAAGAGGAAACUUAUCAUCCGCUAUUCUGGAAACAAUUAUACCAAUCACAUGACGGAGCAGAUCAAGUUUCAUCCUGAGAACUUCUCCUUGGAAAUACUGGACACCAAGAGAACGGAUGCAGGGCACUAUGAAUACAUGGUGAACAAAGGCUCUGAGGAAGAGUUUUUGCAUCUCCAGUUGGAAGUGUAUGAGCAGGUGUCCGUCCCCGACAUCCAGAUGGUCAGCAAGACCUUGGGGAACGAGAGCUGCACCAUGAACCUGAGCUGCACGGUGAAGAGCGGGGACAACGUGGCCUACAGCUGGACCUGCAGCGAGGGCAACACCUCCCAGCACCCCUACAAUGACAACUUCCUGCACCUCUUCUUCCCCCCAGGGGAGGGCAGCUUCUCUUGCACGUGCACCGCCAGGAACAAAGUCAGCCAGCAAAUCACCAGGUUCAGCUCCUCGGUGGAGUGUAGCAACAAGACAGGCGGCUCGCUCAGGAAUGAACUCGUGGAAUCCAUCGUGCCAAUAGCCAUUGUGGGGGUCCUGGUCUUCGGUGCAGGGGUCACAUACUGGCUGAGACACAGAGGCCAAGAAGAUCAUUGUCAGCUGAAAGAGGAAAAGGAAAGUUGCACAAUUUACUCACAAGUCCAGAGAGUGGAGCAGCAGAAAGGCUCUCGCCCCCCUCCCGUGGUGAAGUGCUCUGAGUGCACCACCAUCUACGCCUCCGCCACCGGGCUACCUCCAGACACGGCUCAGCCCCAAGAUCCGGGGCUGACGACCAUUUAUGACAGCGUGAUGCCCACCGGUGUAAUGUCAGCUUCAUCAGAGAGAAUUUCUCCCAAGACCCUCACAGUCACAGGUGGUCUGUAGCCGCUCUGGAGACACCGACAGACUUUUACCCUGCAUGCAGCAGAAACCCAUCUCUCCAGCUGGCCGAACUUUUACCACGUCCAUGCGAAAUCCCACUUGGUGCCACAGAAACGGGAUAAAACUCCACCGUGCAAUAGCGCUUGGCAUAACGUGUCUCAUCCAAAUCGAGACCCGCGGCUGUAAACGAGAGUCAAAUAGUUCGUAACAGCAGAGCAGCGGGGAAGCAUCUAAGUGAGGGGAGACACCCAGGAGGGACCUUGCUAUUGACUUUACGUGAGAGGAGCCCAAAGACAACCAUGAUCGGCGACCAUAUAAAACCCAAGGCUGGACAGAUAGAGAGACAAGCACAGGAAAAAGAGGGAGGAUCGCAGGUGAGACUGGCUAGGUGAGGAGACCGAGGGAGAUACAGAAAGGCUGCUCCCGGUGACCGGAGCUGCAUAGGAGAAGGUUCUCUCACCACCGCCAGCCAGAUGGUGCAAUGGCUCCGAAAGGAGGCUGAUGCUGGAGGACUAGAGGGGAGCGGAGACAGUGAAUCUGUCGAUUGCAAGUUCCAUGGAGGGUUUCAAAAAUAAAGCGAACUGGAUCCCAAGGGGCUGGUCCUCAGCUGGUGUAAAUCACCCUAGCUCCCUGGUCUGCAAUGGAGCUACAGAUUUACAUCCUCUGCGCAUUUGGCCCAUGUGAAUGCUGUCCCCGCUGCUGAUAGGAUAGAAAUGUUAGACCUGCCUCUCAGUCCCAGAGCAGCAGCAGGCUCCACGGGGAUUCUGCUCUGGGCUCCGGGAGGGUUAAUCCUGCUUCAAUCAGCUUCACACUGAGGAUGAAUUCUCCCCUGCCUGCUUCUGCAUAGUGAAAUUCACCCCGCACCGAGGUCCAACAUGAGGCCUGCACUCCAGUUUGAUCUUAAAUCUCCCUACUCAAUUCCCCAAACAAGCUCCCACUUGUAAUACUGGCUCUGUCUGCAGUGGGGCUUGAACCGUGGAUCUCAAAGCAUGAGUUGCCCAGCUCUGUUGUAAGCUCACCAACCUUGCUAUGCGGGCCAGUCCCCCCUAGAUGGGGAUAGGAUGGUACAUUCGGUAGUUGUGGCUUGCACAAAGAGCUGAUUGGAGAAAUGUUCACAAACCCGAUUUCCAUAGGAAUGUGCAGUUCUACUAAAAUCAACACGCCGUGCAAAGUCAGGUCAAUUUUUUGCUGGAAUUUCAUUUCGGAAGAAAACCGGGGGGGGGGGGAAUCCCAAUACUGUUGUAACGUCCCAUUCUGGCAGUUUUUGGAACACAGCCUUUCAGUUCUUCGUGGGGAUAGGACUUUUCGUUCUGAAUUAUUUUAAAAUUUUGCCUCAGAUAUUACAAUGCAUCUCACGUAUUUGCGUUCUACUACGGCGUUUUUAGAAAAGCUGAACUCAGAAUGAAAUGGCAUCAAAGCAAAAUGUUCCGAGUGCCCCCAAGCAAUUGGGAUUUGUCGUUUCGAUUCCGAAUGAAGCCAUAUUUUGAAAUCUCGUUAAACAGCACUUCCACCCUGCACACGGCUCUAGUUAUGCAUAGCCCUCGGGCCGGCCCUCUGCACAGGUGUGAAUUUCACCAUCAGAGAAUAGACCCCCCGCUCUCAAGCCCAGAAAAUGUCCCAACUGUGGGCAGACACAUUCCUGACGUCCUUACCCCUCUGACCUGUGAGACGGGGUAGGGAUAGUCUGAUAAAUGACACAGACUGUUUUUAAAAGGUUCUCAUGUUGCAUUAACUCGAGAGGCAUCAUGGUCUAGCAGUCAGAGUGCGGUGACUAAGCAUCUGGACUCCUGGGUUCCAGUCUUAGCUCUGCCACCAACUCUCUAUGCGACCUUGGAUGAGUCCCUUUGCCUCCCUGUGGCUCAGUUUCCCCCCCCCCCCGAGCUGUAAAAUGGGGAUCAUGAUACCAACAUACAACAUGGAGGGAGAACAGUGUUUGUAAAUUGCUUUGGAAACCUCAGAGAACAACUUAUGUUAUUUGUGCAGCAUGAGCUGACUGUGUGUGCCAGCUGUAGGAAAAAAAAUUUAUGCACUGACAAUAAAAUCCUUGAAGCGAGGCAGUUACCCUGCUCCUAGAAAAAAGGUUAAGCUGAUUGGGGAAGAAGCCAAAGCUGGGGUCACGCCCCAAUCAGGCCACAGCUGUUAUAAGGGCUCAGGGAGGCACUGGGCCAGUCUCUCUCUAGCUGUGGAGAGAGAAGGACCUAGUUGCCGGUGAGAAAAGGGUACCUGGAGUGGAGCAGGGCUGGGGAGCGGCUAGAGGAGGUGAGGAGCUCCAGCCUGGCAACUCCCCAGGCUGAGGCCUUGGUAAAGGCCUAUGCAGGUACUGGGGCUGGGAGGUGCUGCCCAGAGAUAGGCAAAGGACGCUGGUCCAUCCUCCUGGCCAGUGGUGAGUGGCCAUGACAGUCUGUAGUUUGCCCCAGUGAGCGAGGGCUAGAUGACAACUGGCAGUAGCCACUGAGGCAAGGUGGGUGAGAGGGUUGGGGGUUCCCCUGGGAGGGGAGACCCAGAGUGUUGUGGAGAACUGCUGGGGCAGAACCCCGCGGUAAAGAGCACUGGGGUGUGGCAGGGACAUGGGAGUCAGCGGCAGGUGAGACACCAGCCAGUAGGAGGCGCUCUGUAUGCUGGAGAGCUAAUUCCCAAGAUGACCAGCAGGAGGCGCUGUGCAAGUGAGUCUCACUUCGCUACACUCCUCCAAAGAAAUGUGUUGCCGUUUUAAUUGCUGAAAACCCAACCGCCCCCUCAGAGACAGUUCCAGCCGCAGCCUUUUGCAUCCACUGCAGGUUCUUGAUCUCUCCAGAAUCACUUUCCCCCAGGGAGGCAGUGGCACCUGCAGGCCCAGAAUGCUGACGUUAGAGCGGCGCUCAGUUUUGUUCUUAGUACCAACCUGUGGCCAGCUCUUCCGCCGAGGCUGCUCUCUGCUGCUAGGGAGGGGCAAAGAGGUGAUGCCCUUCAUGCUUCUGCAGUCCCGGGGCUGCCCGCGGAGAGAGGCGGUGGGAAUAAGCAUGAACCUCAUGCUAACGAGACCCUCUGUCAGACUCACCCGCUUCUGUUGGGCUAGAGUAUCACGCCGGCCCCAAGUUCUCCACCACGCCGGGUUGUGCUUGCACUGAUCCGCACCCUUCUGCACCCGCCACUGGGCAGAAUCGUGUCCUUAGCAUCCCACCUUCUCAGGGAGGGUUGAGUCAUAGGUACUCUUUGCAAGUAGUUCACACCUCUCCUCCACUCCUCCGUGUGGGGAGCGAGGUGUCCUUGUUCAUGCAGACUGAAAUAGUCUUCCCCGAGAUAACCUCAGACACCUUCGACUCUGCUGCUAAUGGGCCAGGGGGUUCCCAGGCCGGGGAGGUGUCUGUUGAGUUAGAAAGGGCGGGAACUUUCCUCCCUGUUUCUCCUGCUAGCCACCUGCAUCUGGGAAAAACCACACCUGGGAAGAGCUCAGCAUGCAGAGAUGGCCUGGGAUUCGGGAUGAGGCCAGAGGGGGAUUAUUGGGUCAAAGAGAGUCGGGGCUGCCCCUGAUCUCAUUCACCCUGAGGCCAGGCCACAGGGUCUUUAGCUCAUGACAUGGGCACAGGAACAUGGAACCUGCCAGACCGGAUCAGGCCUGUAUCUAGCCCCGGAUCCCACCCCCAACAGUGGCCCAGCAGAAGCUGCUUCCCAGGAAGGUGUCAGAAGCACACAUUGGGCUGAAGUGGGAUAACCCGUGCCCCCCAAUUCUUAGUUGUGGGAGGCAGAUUUUCUUGGUAUUUAUCCUGGUCGGGGGGAGUGGGGGUGGGGUGUCACAGACAGGGAUGCCCCGUGCACCUAUCCACGUUGGUUCCACAGCUUCACGGGUAAAUGAGGCACCUGCAGGAGACCAGUGGGGAUAUUGGUCAGCUCACAAGAGUUACUCCUAUCUCGGCAGAGAGUUAAUGGAUUCUUCACCCCUUAGAUACACCAGCCUAACCCAGGCCUCCCAGCUGGGGCAAAGCCCCCCAGAUGCGAUCGGCCAUAGGGAACGGACAGGGCCGGGCUGCGAUGUUUACAGAGGGAUUCUGUAUUGACGCUGCUGGACACAGAUCCCAGGGCUCUCUCUGGCUCCCAGCCCGUGCUGCCUUUUGUCACCACAUGGGGUCUCCUUAAAUCCUAGACUGGGCUACGCCAUCCUAGAAGGAACAGCUGACUGCAAUUCCAGGGCGCACACAACCUCUGCUGUGCUGUGGGGUCCCUGGCUGGGCAGUGCUGGCCAGGGCGGGCAUUCAACAUAUCCCCCGGGGAGCAGAACUUCAGGGGGGGAGGGCAGUAGCUCAAACACCACCCGUCCUCCCCCUGCAGUGGAAUCACUGAUGCAGGGGUGCGAACGGCACCUCGCCUCUGUAGAUGGAAAAGUAGUAGUGAAGCAGGAACACGCAAAAUCCCCCUACACAAACCCACUUUCAGUUUUGAAACUGGCUUUGCUCGUUGGUGAGCAGAAAGUGAUCAGCGCUUUUGAGAAGAGGGGUCACAUUGUGCUGCUGUUGACAGGGGCGUAAGUUGGGGGUGGCUCGGCUGAACUCAGUAGAGCUGCCCCAGUUUUACGCGGGUGGACGUAAGAGCAAGAGGCAGGGCCCAGGUGGGGCAUUUCAGGAUAGCAAAGAUAGUUAGAGGAAUGAAUGAUGGCGUAUAGGGAUGUCCGCAGCCCCCCUUGCCUGCUGCAGGGCAGGUGUCGGAUGACGUGCAGUGGGGGAGGCCGGGGGCAGAUUGCUGAACCACGAGGAUGAACAUAACUACUGAACCACUAUUGCACCCGGGGUGAAACUCCCCCCGUGAACAAGGCCAAGCCCCCUUCAGCCCACACAACUCUGCACUCACACUCUGCAUAGGGGUGAAUUUCACCCACCCCCGCAAAGCCAGUGGGCAGCUGGCAGGUCCUUUGUUCACGGUCUGAUGAAAACCGGUGAACUUGCACCACGUGGGUUCUUUAAACCGUUAGUGCAAAGCCAGGUGAAAAACAGUUUUCUACUGCCCCGGCUUUGGGGCUAUGCCCUUGGGCAGAGUUCGAGUCCUUAAUACCUCCUGCUACAGUGCUAGAGCUGUUCAAAAAAGGUUGUUAAGGAAAAAAAAAAUGCAAUGGCAAAAAUUCAGAGAUGCCAUUGAGUUUUACUGAGCGCCUGCACUCCGGUCUUUAGGGAAAUGGAGCAGGAGGCCGGGCACCUGAGUUCUAAUGCAGGUUCUGCUGCUCACCUGCUGAGUGAGCGUGGGCAAGGCCGGAUUUCCAAUUAGCCACAGGAGGCACGUGCCAAGGGGCGCCGAUGUUCUGGGUGCCUAAAAGUUAAAAGUGGGUUAAAAGUUGAAAAGUUAAUACAUACGCCAGUGGUUCUCAACCUGCGGGCUGCAUGCAGCCCACUUAGCACACAGCGGUGGCCCGGAGCAUGGGCAAGCCCCUUUGCCUCUCUGUGCUCCCGUUAGCUUUCCCACCCUCUGUGUCUUUUGAGUGUUAAGAUCUUUAGGAUGGGGAAUGUCUGCGCUGGACAGUGAACGCGGGUUAGCCAACCCGGGGCGGGAGCGUCCCCACUACAUAGCACUACCUGUGUGUCUGUGCCCCAGGGCUCUCUGUGCUGAGACGCUGUAAUUUUUCACCUCUCGAUUGUGGGAGAACGUAUCUGGUCUUCGGGGGGAACUGUGGGAACACACUGGGGGUAUCAGCACUGGAGUGGUUUAGCCUGUGUCCUCACUGAAAGCAGGUGGGUUCCAGCCUGAGUUAAAGCAGAGCCCAGGUUCUAAUCCACACCCCGCUCUGGGUCAGCUACCCUGGGCUAAGGCACCUCCAACCCCGGUUCCGGAUUUUUCUGUGUGGAGGGUGGGGGGGUUGGGCUAAAAUGUGGCAAAGAGCCACUGCUAACAGUGCCGUGAAAACAACCCUCUAUUCCGUGAGCAGCACCCAGCCCCAUGCAAUGGAAAUGAUUAAUAAUUCACCCUUGAGCUCUGGGGGAAACCUGUGGUUAGUAUCUGUCAUUGUCACCAUCCCAAGGGGAAAAAAAAUCACCCUGACAGUCAGACCCUGAAUUCAUUUCCCCUACUCCUUGAGCUGCUGCAAGGCAUUUUCAUGAUGUAGGAGACCCUUUGGGACCAAAUUUCACCCUAGGUCCACAGCACCCCAGGGAGCGAUCUCUGCUUUACUGUCCUUCCUAGCACUGACCCAGGAUGGUCUUGUGUCUAAGGCGCUGAACUAAGCUGCAAAAACCCCUGAAUUCCAUUUACUGCCACAGACUACCCCACAUGGUCUUGGACAAGUCAUACCCCUCCUCUGUGCCUCAAUUCUCUAUCUGUAAACUGGGUAUAACAGUCCUUUACCUCCCCAGGCUGCUGCUAGGAGAUACUCAUCCAUGUAUUUGAUUUGCUUCAAUAUUACACCGACAUCCCCCAUGGAGAAAGUUAUAAAAAUAUAAAACUUCAAAAACAGACUUCAAAGAGAAACUGCAGAGCUA